GCAAGAAGCAUGAAACCGACCUCCAUAUUUUAAUUCCUCAUUCCGACGCUACUACUUUGAAAUUUAUACGGUUAAAAACAAAAAGGGAUCAACAAUAAAUCAUGUCGGAACCAAAGACAGAACGGUAUUUUUUAAAAUUUUAUAUAGUUUAUUUAUCAUGCUGUCACGUUAUUUCUUUGGGGAAUCAUAAUUAUGAAAACUUAAAAUUUGUGGGUAAUUUUGAAUCUUACGAUUGCUGAUCAGUACUUUCACGUUGACGGCUCAGUGUGUUUCUUAAAUCUACCAAUUUUACUUAUUUGUUGAAAGUGUCAAAUUUUUUAUACAAUUAUGUGACUAUUUCGUUGUCAAUAAAUUAUUGUUGAAUUACAAAGAGGAGAAAAGUGGGCAAUUAAUUGAACAAACACUUGUCUACUGUCGGUAGUCUCUGAGAGUACUAAUAAAAAAGCAAAAUGAGUGCCCCACCAAAAAAUGCCACCAUCCUCCACUGUCUGUCAUUUUACUUAGGCAAAUCAAAGUCAAAUUAGUUUUUAACUAACUAAUUUAACUUACUUACUAAGCUAUGACAUGAAACAGAGACUCCACUGUAUAUGGGUCAAGGAGGUUCCCCAUGUAAAUGUUUACUGGCCAUGCCAUAGUUCGGCAGUUCGGCAAUCCUCCGAAGUCCGGUCCCAAAUUAUUUCCAAUGAUUACUCUUUACUUAAAAGUCUUAGACAUCAUGUUGUUUUAAAAUUCAUGUUUGCGGUUGUGGACGAUGUUGGAUGGAGGUUGUUGGCCGUCGAGAUACACAAACACUCGGCGCAUUAUCACUAAUCAUAUGUUACCAGGGACAGCUAUCGUCACGGACGCUUUGGCGAGGAUAUCAAAAUGUCGGUCAGUUCAACAACGGGAUUUAUGCACAAACUGUCAUCUGCGCGCGCAUGAAUUUGUUGAUCCAGUAGACCAGGACAUUCACACAUAACAUAUUGAAGGACUUUGGAUGCAAACGAAACGAAAACUCCGCUAUCAGAGUGGUACUGGUCGUGGUCUGUUUGCCAGCUACUUGGGGGGCCUCUCAGUGGUGCAACAGUCACAAUCAGAACGUUGUCGGCUGGUAUUUGCAAAUGCUAAGCGCCAAUUACAAUAUUUAAUAUUUACUGACUGGUUUGUAAAGUGACAGUUAUUUGCAAAAGCUAGGACUGACAUGCCUGCUGUUUUCUAACAAUAAACACUGUGCAUUGCAUAUUUUUUCAUACCGGUACGAAAUAAUUUGGGACCGGACUUCGGAGGAUUGCCCAUAGUUCCUUUUCUCAAAAAUAUUUAAAAUUUAUUUUAUUUUUUACAUUUUUGUCUUAAAAGAGUGGCGAGGGAUUUUGGGAGGGGUCCCCUCCCCAGAAAAAAGUAUGUUGAAAAGUCCUGUUAAAUUGUGACAUAAUUAAAUUAUAAAAAGUAUAAAGAUGUGGCAUACUACACUGGUAUUUGAAUUCAUUGUCAACUAACAGUAACAGCACUUUUAACCAAGCACACUCACUUUUUUUUUCUAGUAUUCAUCUUGGGGUAUCGAUGAUUUUUCUCUUUUUAUUUCUUUUGAUAAAAACCGAAUGGAAAAUUUUAUUUCAUAUAAACUAUAUGGUUUUUGAUACAAAUAGACCUAAUGUUCAAAGUUAUCAUUCUCAUCGUUCAGGUCCAACUGUUGUCCUGUUACGUUAAGUCCAUUGUUGGUAUUCCCAAAAGUGAAGUCACUGCACUUAGGCGUGAGGCAACUACUGGCAAAGCCCAUACUGUUAACUACACAUUUACCAUGUACAAUACGGCAUAAAAAUUGUGUUUCAGUACAUCAAGAUCAUGUGUACACACCAUGCUUCUCGUUUACACCUCACCUUGUACUGAAAUCCCUUGUCCGCUUAUUACAUUUCCCUGGUCCACUCAUGACAAUGACAAAUGACACGUCAACCAAUGCUUGUGGACCUUGGUCGCUCUCUAAUGUUGGUGGAAUUCUAUUACGAAGUUGAGUGUCAAGCCUUAUAUCUAUUGUCUAGACACUGUUUUCCUGGUCAGCUGAAUAUGAUGACGUAUUCUUUGAUACGUUGACGUAAUGGAGAAACAUUAGCAUACUUGGAUCAAUGUGGUCUCCAUGGCCUUGCAAUGUUUUUAGGAGGGUCAGACAUUGAAGUGGUCAGGUUCCCAUACAUUGGUUUACAGUGGCUCUUCUGGGUAGAUAUCUGAUCAGUAAUGCUGCAUAACCUUGAGGGCAUCCCCCCGGUUUCGAUGACUAGACAACUCAAUGCGGGACAAAGAACCCACAACUGAACACAUGAUGUCUGAAAACAUGACAGGUGAACCCACGAAAAAGUGAUCAUUUUGAAAACUGAACACAAAAGAAACACAAUUUAAUAAGUUAAUGCACCCAAACAAGCACUGUAAAGGUUGUCGCGACAGAAUUUCCAAAGAUGCAGAAUCAUCUAAUUCCUUAAAAUUUGACAGGCUGAACCAAUUUGCUCUGGAUUCGAUCAGAAUUUUUUUCUUUCAUUUUUGGACCUAAUCAUGGGGCCGGAAACUGGUUUGAUGCCGCGGCAUGCUCCUGAGUUGACUCCGAUGACCAUGGACAGGUCCGGAGUUCCCCCUAAAGUCAGGUUGACAUGAGUUAGAAUAUGGGACUCUUGGGGGGGGGGGGGCUACUUUCAAGACAUAAAUAUAAAUAUUUAAAAAUUAAUUUAAUAAAAGGAAGUAAAUUUAAAAAUUUGGGUACUGAAUUAUGACUGUUAGUUCACCCGGGGAACCCCCAUGACCCAAUCCGAUGCCCAUGGACAGGUCCGGAGUUCCCCCUAAAGUCAGGUUGACAUGAGGUAGAAUAUGGGACUCUUGGGGGGGGGGGGGCUACUUUCAAGACAUAAAUAUAAAUAUUUAAAAAGUAAUUUAAUAAAAGGUAGUAAAUUUAAAAAUUUGGGUACUGAAUUAUGACUGGUAGUUCACCCGGGGAACCUCCAUGACCCAUAUUAUAUGGGUCUCCACACAGUCGGGAAAACGUGAAAUAUGAUAUACAGUGAAAGACAUGGGGGGCCUUGCUGCUAAGUAAGUCUUUGACAAUUGUGACUGAUAAACGAGCGAUAACUUGAAAUAAGAGUAGUACAUACCAGAGGUCUGAGGAUGAAAUUUAAUUGCUGGUUAAGAAACAUGGCCAGGAACUGACCACAGAUGAACUGAUUGAUCUGCGUAAUGAGCAACACUGAAGUCUGUGUGUCAUCCUGGGGCAAAAUAACAUACAACAGUUCCCUGAAAACUAGAAGAAUAUGCAAUAUGUUGCUUUAAGAAUAUUAUUAACGAUUUGUUAUUCACCUUAGUAACUAAUUAUAUUUUUUGUAUUAGUCCAAGAUCACGGUCAAGAUCACCUGUUAGAAGGUCUAGAUCCAGGUCUCCCAGAAGAAAUAGAAAUGAUCGUCCAAGGCCAUUUACAGGGGGCCGGCGUGUGGUCGUUAGAAAUAUUCCUUAUGAAGUGCGAUGGCAGGAACUUAAGGAUAUGUUUAGAAAAGACAGUAAGUAACCACUUUUUUAUUAUUUUGAAAAUAAAAAGUAAUUCAUAUUUUCUUGAUUAUAAUAAACACCAAUGAGGUUCAAUCCAUGUGGGACGAAUUAAAAAAGUUCAGGGUGCCAUUUAAAAUAAAUUCAUCUAUUAGUAGUCGCUCAUUAAGUUAUUUAAUAAGCAAUAUUUUUAAAAUAUUUAUUAAGAAACUGAUUUUUAAAAAAAAAAUUAAGCUAAAUAUUAUAAUAUAAGGUGUGUAUAGAAAAAUUGAUAUUUGAUCUUUACAGUUGGAGAUGUUACAUAUGUUGAAAUGUUGGAGACACCUGAUGGCAAAUCAAAAGGAGUAGCGUAAGUAUGAGUUGUAAAAAUAAUUAAAUUAGCAUCACAGUCUUUUUAACUCUUAGUGAUAAGUGUGUGUAAGUCUAAUCCAUGUUUUGACACAGCCGUUUUGAGACAAUAACAUUUGAUUUUGCGUAUCACAUGCAAAAUUUGUCUAUUUCUAAGUUAUUACAAUGUUUUACAUACCUACCAGUGCAGAAUUGAAUGAACUAUUGGAAAAUUAUAUUAGUUUUAGAGGACUGUCUAGCACUAAAGAAAACUGUUCAGUUGAUAAAUGUACUUAAGUUUGAAAAAAAAAACAUUGCCUCAAAAGCAAAAUAGAUUCCUUUAUGUUCAAGAGACAUUUUGCUUGCUUUUUUUCUUACAGUAUAUUCAUUUUUUGUAUUACAUAUGUAUAUAUUAUCAAUAUCGGAUGAAAAAUAAAAUUUAUAUUCCAAUUUCAAAUAUAUAGGUCAUAUUCAUGGAAAUCUAUUUUAAAAAAUUGGUUUUAUAGUAUUACAUAGUGAAACAGCUAUUUUAGACAUUUAACUUAAUAUUUAUGCCUUUACUGAGAAUUGAAGAGCUAAUAUACAUAAUAAUUGUUGUUAACUACCAUGAACCGCUGGGAGCGGCUGUGUUUCUUUCAUUAUGGCCACGAGCCGCUGGUAGUGCCAAUGUUAGUAUCGUAGUAAAUCGAGUCAAAUAUUUAUAUUAUUCCCUUCCCUUUUCGUUUUGAGAUUUUAAUUUACCAACCGGAUGUUUAUAUUCGAAACGCAUGCUAUUGGCAGAAUGAUUUAAAAAACAAAAUGUUAAUUAGUUUUGAUUAAAUUUUUUAGCUAGUUACCAAAUUGUACAUGUUUACCGCGGCAACAAGUGACAGGGUUACUAAAGGCAUAUAAGUGAUUGGAAGUGUAAAUAUUUUUCAAUUUCUGUGUUCUUUGGUGCAUUUUUCUUAUUAUUGGAUAUACUAUUUGGGAACUACCAAAUAAAAGGCUUUAAAUGAUUAGGAAAUUAAAAAUUUAUACGUUAGUUGGCACAUGAAUAUAUUUUUUGUUUUUCUCUUGAAAAUAAUAAUUUAACAAUUAAUAAUUUCCUAACAAAACUUAACUUACAAAUGUUUUAAGUUUAUUUUGUAGAUAAUUUAAUUACCUACGAACUGGUUUAUUAAUCAUUGGAAUAUGUUUAUAAUAAAGAAAACUGCAUCUGAAAUUGUACAUACACUUAAAAUUAGAAAAUUUGACCUAGAUUUAAUUCGGCCACAGCGGGUAUCUGGUAGUUAAUCAGUUAAAAGUUAAAUUUUUUUAAACAUAUAAAUUUUAUUUUUAAAAUUCACAAUUCUUAAACCUCUAGACCAGGGAUCUGGAACCUAUGGCUCACGAGCCAGAUGUGGCUCUAUUGAUGGCUGCAUCUGGCUCGCAGACAAUUGUUCGAUUAUUAAAAAAAAGUUGCAUUAAUGUUAAGAAAUACUCAUUAUUGAUUAGCAACAGCAUAACAAUGUUAUUAAAAAGAAUUCAGAGACAUAAUUAUUGCAUUUUUAGUGUUGAAAUUUCACAAAAUGCACACAUUUACUUGAAUUUUUAGUUUUAAACAUAAUGUAUGGCUGUCACAGAAUUACUUUUCAAAAUAUGUGGUGUCUAUGGCUCUCUCAGAUAAAAAGGUUCCCGACUCCUGCUCUAGACUAAUAGGUAUAUUUUUAGUAUACUACACAUUCUGUCUAAUUCUAAUAAUAAAUUAUUAUCAGGCCUAUUUAACAGCUGUAAUAGUGUAGAUGCUAUAAAGUAAAAAAAAAUAAUUUGAGAAUACUUUGUGAACAGAAAGAAUAAUGAAAUUCAUCUUAAAGUAAUUCACUGAAUAAUACGGUCAUAAGCAGAUAUUAGGAUUUGAUUUUUAAAGUCGGCAUAUAAGGGUAAUUUAAAUAUAUCAGAUCUUCUUUGUCAAGUUUGUACUUAUUUUUAACAAGGGCUUUAUCUCUACCUUUGCAGUUUGGGGAAACUUCUCUUUGCUGUCAAGGUUAAUGUUGUUAUCAGAAGCUUGAUCUUUACUCCACUAAUAUUUGGAAUCUGAUCUAGGCCCCUUCACUUGAUAAUUAGUUCACUCCAUUUGUUUCUUCCCAUAAAAUGAUCAGUUUUAAAGCUUAUAAGGCAGAUAGUCUGUUUACUUUUAAGGUACUACUGGAUACAGAAGCCAUUUUGUUUGGCCACGUGACAGACGGAGUGUAAUGUCAGACAAUAAGAGUUAAGAGUAGUCAAAUGUUCAUGACUUUGGACUAUAAUUUUAAUAAUUAUUUAAUUUUUGACACUUGAUACAAUUUUGACAAGGACAAAAAAAUUUGCUGUGAUUAUGCAAAUAUUAAGAGUUGUAUAUUUUCAGGGUUGUUGAGUUCCGGGACCCUGAUCAUGCAAAGAAGGCCAUAGAGGAGUACCAUCAAAAGAAAAUCAAAGACAGAGCCAUUAUUGUCAGAGAGGUAAUAUCCAUAAAGUUUUUUUUUUUAAAGCUAAUCUAAUCAGUGCUUUCCAUCACUUAAUUAACAGCAGCAGAAGUGAGUGGGAUUAUCAACAUUUAUAUAACUUCUAUAUUUUUUUAUUUAACGCUUAAAGCACAGGUUGUGUCUUAUUGCAGUAACCUACUUUUUUCCCCUGUGACCCAAGCGGGUCUUUCUUCACCAGCCCAUUUGUUUCCCUGUGGCCCAAGACCAUCUAUUUGCCACCUAGAAGGGUGUCUAAUAUAAACACAAAAACGAGGAUUUAACCUUUUACCAGGCUCGGGCAGAAUGUUUAUUCGUUUGGGGAAUAGUCAAAUUUUAUUUUGCAUUUUAAAUUAUGAAACUCGACCAAUUACUGAGUUUUUUAUGUGGAUCUUUGUUGUUUCCAUGGCGCCUACUAUAGCGCAAAAUUAAUGCCUACAGGAGCCUGUAGGUUUGACAGUUUUUAGACCCAGUGCCAACAUAGAUAUUGAUUUAGAUGAAGAUCGACUGGAGGGGUGGAGAGGCCCCCUUACCUUCUUAAACCUCUUAUAAUCCCCUAGUGCCAUUGCCAAUGAAAAAUGUGAACAAAACACAUUAGUAUUUUUAACACCCUUAUCCAUUUCUGAACCAAUAAUUCUCUACAUGUUAUUAUUAAUUGUUUAAAACAAAAAAGUUACAAAAUAAUUUGUAAACCUAUCAAAUUUUGGCCUCAUUCCAAAAUAAUGUCUGGGCCACAGGGAAUAAUUAGCAAAAUAAUAACCGGUACUGAGGCUUUACAUAGCAAAAACAUUGGUCGGUACUAAGGUUUAAGAAGGUACGGAGGCCUCUCCACCCCUCCAGUCGAUCUUCAUCUAAAUCAAUAUCUUUGUUGGCACUGGGUCUAAAAACUGUCAAACCUACAGGCUCCUGUAGGCGUUAAUUUUGCGCUAUAGUAGGCGCCAUGGAAACAACAAGGUAGCAAAAACAUUGGUCGGUGCUAGAAAGGUUAAAAUAAUCAUAGGUGUUGUGGUUGUGCAUUAUAAGCACAUCUGUAUUUAAAUAUAAUCAGAUUUAUUUGUUGAACAGAUUUUCAAUUUUGUGAGGCAUUUUGAACAAAAGAACACAAAUAUUUUACUCCCUGGUUACAGAGUGUUUUAUUUGUUUUGCAUUCUAAAGUGAACAACUGUAUUUGGGGACAAGAAGCUGGGGAAAAAGUAAUUUAAAAAACUUAAAUCGAUUUUUCAGUUUAUGAUUAUAGAUAUAUCCACCCCAUUUUCAGUAUUUCAUCCUUGACACAAUUUGGUUUCACAGGAACGAGAAAAAGAUCGCCAAGAAUUCAUGCAGCAUCAAAAUAUGAGAGACAGAGGUGGAAUGGAACCUGGUAUGGGUGGUCCAGGAAUGGGACCUGGAAUGGGGGGAAGUGGAGGCUUAGGUCCCAUGGGUCUACCACCUGGAAUCAACCCCCAGAUUCUUCAACAGUUAGGGAUUGAACCGCCAAUUACAAACACAGUCUUUGUAGCCAAUGUAAGUUCUUAAUUUUGAUAAUGCUAGAAUACUUGAACCUGAGAAAGUCUAUGCAUUAAAUGUCUUAAGUUGAUGAGUAUUUCUUCUUCUUUAUUUUGAGGGCCCACGAUCACUGAAUUGAUCAUUCUGGCUCCUAUGUUUCAGAGGGGUUCGCAAUGUUACUGUGCAUGGGUUUCAAUGGGAUACUUCACUGGUUGCAAGGGCUACUCAGCAGUUUGUUACAAACAGGGGGUUGGAAUACAGGAGGCAAUAAAUGUAGCCGCCUCAACUGUUGCUUUUGGAAGCUUGUUCCAGUCCCCUAUUGUCUUCGGCAGGAAUGAGGAGCUCCUGUACUUUGUUCUUGUUUUUACCAGCCGGAACUGUCUGUCGUGGCCUUGUCGCUGUCUAGGGGGAAGAUGAACGAGUGUCUGUUUGAUGCCGGAGCAGUGGACCAGCCCGUUUUUGAUCUUGUACAACAUGGUGAGCUUGGAUAGUCGUCAUCCUUCUUCCAAUGUUGACUAGCCCUGUGUUUCUAGCAUGCUGCCAACACUUGAGGUGUUUCUGUAACGGUUCAGGACAAAGCGUGCUGCCUGUCGCUGGACCGCCUCCAACCUGUCCAUGCUUUUCUGGGUAAAUGGCCCCCAGACUGUAGAAGCGUACUCUACAAGAGUUCUAUAAAGAGUACUAUAAAGGCUUUAUAGGCUUUUUCUUUCACGCUUGAGUUGGCGAUCUUCAUAUUGCGCCUUAAGAACCCCAGGGUCUUGUUUGCCCUGUUGCACACACUGUUAAUGUGCUCUCUUUGAAUAACACCAAGGUACUUAACUGAGGAAACUGGCUCAAGAAUAUGGCCAUGCAAUUUGUAAGAGUGGUUUAGAGGGGAUCUGCUUCUGGAGACUGACGGGGUCUGGCACUUGACGGGAAAUGAAAUUCCAUGUCCCAGCUCAUCUCCCACUCAGCUAACCGAUUGAGGUCUUGUUGGAGCUGGCUCUGGUCAGAACUGUUGACGAUUGUCCUAUAUGCCGCCGUGUCUUCUGCGAACAGUCUUGCUUGAGAGGUCAGCUUCUCGGGCAGAUCAUUGAUAUAUGCUAGGAACAGACAAGGGCCUAGCACUGAGCCCUAGGGGACCCCUGACUUAACACUGACAAGGAGGAGGUUUUGCCAUCUGCCUGGCAUCGGUCGCUGAGGAAGCUAGAGAUCCAUGUUUUGGUAGUGCCUUGAAUCCCAUAUCUCUGCAGUUUGUGUAAUAGCAAGCUAUGGUUGACACGGCCAAACACUUUUGAAAAGUCCAGCACAAGCACAUCAGUUUGCUUGCUGUUCUCUAAGUUGGUCGUCAAUUCUUCAGCAAAUUCAAGAAGUUGGGUCUCGCAUGAUCUGUUGACUCGAAAGCCAUGCUGACAGUCAUUGAGUAUAUUGUGUCUUUCCAGAUGAUUCAUGACCACGCUUACGAUUAUGUGCUCCAUUAGUUUACAUACUACGCUAGUGAGAGAUACAGGGCGGUAGUUAGCAGGGUCAUAAUGCUCACCCUUUUUUUUUGUAGAUUGGAGUGACAUGCGCUGUUCUCCAGUCAGUUGGAACGUUGCCUGUGAAUAGUGACGAUUGGAAGAGGAUUGUUAUUGCUGGAGCGAUUUCAUUGGCCAAUUCUUUUAGCACUCCUUGUUUGAUGUGUCAUGCCUUGUAGGGGCUAAUGGCUUUAAGAAGUUCGCGCACACCCUUCUCUGAGAUCUGGAUAUCUCCCUUGGCGGGGUAGGCUGUGAACAUCAUGUUGGUCUUCAGAAGGAACUCAACUUCUGAGUACUCUCUACCAUCCCCAAAGACCGACUGGAACUGUUGAGUAUGUCUGCCUGUUCUUUGGGUUCAGACAUCAACUUGUCUUCCCAUCGCGGGGGGGGGGGAGACCCCGGUGUUUGAUGACCUUUGAUGCUUGACGUAGCUUCAGAACCGCUUGUUCUUGGCCAGAGUAUCUUCCUCUGAGAAGAUGCUGUUCAGGUUGCUCCUGUAAGAUCUGCGCAGUAAGCGUUGGAUGGUUCUUUGGAGCCUCAGUACUUCGGCUUUUAGUUCGAACGAGCCAUUCUUCUUCAUUCGUUUGUACUGGCGGUCUCUCCUGUGUAUCAGCCUUCGGAUUUCAGUCGUAACCCAUGGGUGAUUUGACUUUGGUCUUGUGUGGUAUGAAUUUCUUCACUGCAUCAGUGGUUGUUGUCUUGAAUUUCAUCCACAGCUCUUCUGUUGUCGCAUUACCCUGAGUCUCAUGCAUGUUUGAACUCAGCUCAGUCAUUGCACUUCUCAGGCUAUCCCAGUCUGCCUUUGCAUAAAUGGGGAUUUCUCGUACAGCCUGUUUCUUUUUUAGCGCGCUGACUUGGAAUUCGCAAUACGGUAUGCAGUGGUCUGAUAUCCCGGGGAUGACAUCAACUCUUGGGAUGAGAUGUGGACUGUUAGUGAGGAGUAGGUCGAGAGUGUUUUCCCCUCGCGUGGGUUCUUUAACCAUCUGUUCCAGGCCAUUGUUGUUAAUUAUCUCCAUGAAUUCAGAGUGUAGGACCAGGUAUGGGGAUUUGGGCUUCAAGGCAGGAAUCUGCCAGUUCCAACCAGGAAAGUUGAAAUCUCCGCCUAUGAGGAGGGAAACGUUCUUCGACUGCAUUGUUCUCUGAAUUGACACAUCAAGCCUCCUCAGGCUUGGUUCAUCUGCUGUGUUGGGUCUGUAAUAGGCACUAACGUAAAGUUUGCAUCUACCCUUCACCUUCACCCACAUGAGUUCGCAUUCAUCAACAUCAAGUUCUGGAACAGCAUGACAGUUCAGGCUGUCAUGGGCAGCAACAAGUACUCCUCCUCCUCCUGUCUUUUCUGUCUCGCCAAAAAUAGUUUGUAAUUAGCCGGUACCAGCUCUGCGUUGGCUAUAGAGGGAUUCAGCCAUGUUUAUGAUGUAAGGCUUUAAGCUGUUGAUCAAGUUUGCUAUCUCGACUCUCUUUCCGCUGCAGACUGAAAGUUCACAUUCAAUAUGCGCAAUGGUCUGUUUCCAUUUGUCUUGCUGACUGCAGAGCAUAUUUCUUCCCAUCUUUUUCAUGGAUUUGUUACAUUUGUUUUCUAUUGCAGCGAAAUUAUAUUUUGUAAAAUUAUUUACUAUUUAACAAUUUAAAUAUCUUUUUGGACAAAACUCUGCCAAAUUGUUGAUUUUGUUAAUGCACUUAAAUGUCAAUAAUACAUUUUUCAAAUAUAUAUUAGAAACAAGUGCUACUUAAUAUUAAUAUUUUUAAAAUCAAUUGAACAUUUAUCUUUGAAGUUGGGGGGGGGGGGGGGGGGGGGAUAAUGUGAAUCCACUUAAAUUUAUUUUUAGUUUUAAUAGUAAUUCAGUUUCUGCAAAACUGAAACUUUGGCCAGGGUGGUACAUUUUUAGAUUAUUAUCUCUAGUUCUUUUUAAAAUUUUAUUGAUUUAUUGUGCCAUGCAUGAUAAAACUAUAUACACAGAUCCUGAUUUUUAAAUUUGGCAUAUGGAGAGAUUAGACGUUAAAGAUGUGUUUUUAUUUGUAUUUAAUCAUGAUACUGUUAUAUAACUUGAUAACUAAAAAUCUGCUCAAUUGUUACCUUUGUUAAUAUAGUUUGUUUAUAUUUUUUAAAAAUUCAAAAUAAAUAGUUGGACUACAAAGUUACAUGGUGGAAAUUAAAAGAUGUUUUCAAAUUGGCUGGCAAUGUAAUUAAAGCUGAGAUAAAGGAGGACAAAAAUGGCAAAUCCAGAGGCAUGGGUGUUGUGGUGUUUGAGCACCCCAUGGAAGCUGUGCAGGCAGUGUGUAUCCUUUUUUUUUUUAAAAUUUAGUUUUGAUGCUUAUGAAUCAAUACAUUAUAUAGCCAUAAACAUGAAUUCUUCUCAGAAGCAUUUUUGGCAUCACAUAUUUGAAUGAGAGACAAAGUGGGAAAACUGCAUAAAAUAUUUCCCUGGAGCUGCUUAUGCUUCUAUUCUUAGCAUAUUUCAAGGUCACGUAUGUUUUAAGCUUUUAUAGUAGUUACUAGUUACCAAAAAAAAAUAUAUCAAAUGACCGCUGAACACCAUAAAAUAUCAAUGGAAGCCCCCUUAAAAUAACGAAAUGGCAAGAAAUGCGAGAAGCCAUCUGAUUAGCUGGUACGAAAAUGAAACAAACAGCCAAUCUUGAGACCUUUAUUAUUGAGCCAAUAGAUUGGUCUUUCGUCUUUUUUUGUCAUGACACUCAGGGCAGGUAGAUAGGCCCAGUAGUCUCAAGAGGGUUAAAUUUGAUGUCUCAAGAGGGUUAAAUUUGAUGUCUCAAGAGGGUUAAAUUUGAUAAAAUUUAACUGAAUUUAAAAAAAAUUUAGUACUCCAUAAAUCAAUUAAUCAAACAGAAAUAAGAGGAACAAUUAAUUUACCAGUGAAAUUAAUAGGUUGUUUUGUUAAUAUUCUUUGCAAUGGCAGAAGUGCUACAGGAAAAAUUAGGAAUAAUGAUUAUAUGGAACAAAUUGUACUUGUAUUUAGGCAAAAGGUAGUCCCAAAAACUCGGUUCCUGCUGAAAAUGUCUACCAGGUUGUUCCCUAAUUAAAAUGCUACUAAAUUAGAAAAGAGUGAUAAAACUAAUCUACCCAAAAUUCUUCUAUUUGCUAAAGCUUUUUCUUAAUAUAUCAUUGCAUUAACUUUGAUGCCAUUUAUUUUUCGAAAAUAUUCUACAACAAAGAUGUUCUUCCGUGUCACAGCUGAUACACUUGGCCGCUAGCCAAAUCGUCAUUAAAAAUGCGAAUGAUUUUAUGUAUAAUAAGGGAAAAUCACUACAUAAAUGAGUUUGCUUCCUAUUUCUGUUACUAUCGGGGAUUUUUAUGUGAUUAAAUGGGUGUGAAAUUUUCUCAAAUUUUACCACCAUAUUGUCUGAUGCUGGAGAGGUCGCCGCGCCCCAUGAUUUUACAAUUAACUUUUAAUAACAAUAGUACCAGUACAAUUAUUUCUAGUAUCUUAAAAGCUUGACUAAAAUGGAUUAAUGUAAAUUUUGUAAGAAAUAUCCUUAGCCCUUCCAGCCAUGUUCAAUGGUCAGGUUUUAUAUGAAAGAAAUAUGAUUGUCAGGAUUGACAAAGGACGAGAACCAGAAAAGCCUAAAUUACCAAGUAAGCUAUUAGUUAUUGUUAAAUAAAAUAAGUAACAAUAGGGGAAAAACCUGAAAAGGACAAAACAAACAGUAAAUUUGUCAUUUUACUGUUUCUCAGACAAGGAUUGUGAGUAAUAUUUAUUAAUUAUAAUUUUUAAAAUUUAUUCUAUUUUGUUAGCUGAUGAAGACUUCUAGCCUGUGUUUUAUAUAUCCCAUUGCUGAUCACAGUGCUGCCCAUAUUACAUUUAAAUAAAAUAGAACCAAGUGUGUGUAAUCAAAACUGUCUUAUUUCUUUAAUUUAAAUAUUUCAUUUUAGGUGGCUUAAAAUCCAUUGGUAUGGGCCUUGGUUCAGGGGGUGCGCCCCUCACAAAUAUAAGUCAGCUUGGAAGCAGUAAGUUUAAUAUUCCCUGCAAUGUAUUUUUGUAACAAUUUUUAAAAUUUUGAAACUUUUUAAUUUUUUUUUUGGUGGAGAAUAUGUGCUGAUGAACAUAAAUGUUGAAAAUUUCGCUUAAUUUUCAUGCAUAGACAUCAGAUUUAAUCUAUCAUUUGUCGUUCAUUUACAAAGUUGGAAAUAUUAUUUCUAAAAAAAAUGAUAUAAAAUGAAAUUUUAAAAAGAGCAACAACACACACUUUAAUUACUCCAGCAACUUCAAUUGGUAUAGGUUUUAUAAAAUGUAAAUUAAGCUUUACAUGUUUGUUAUUAAUUGAUAACUUUUUUCCCACACGUAUUAUUACACAUUGGCUACUAAAUUAAGAUAUAUCAUCAAAUGUAUACAUGAUUGAUUUUUUCCCAUUGUAUUCAUUUUUCCUCAGCGGAUUAAAGUAGCUGCCAAUGCAGUGCAUUAAAUUUUAAUAUUAAACACAAAUGGUAUACAUACAAGUAGUAUGUUCAUCUAGAAAGUUAGAAAUUCACCAUCUUUUCCUACAUGUUAACAGAUUGCACAAAACAAAGUUAAAUGAUCUGCUUGCCUUGUUUGUAGUAGUAAAUCGUGAAAAAAAGGUUUUCAAUAAUUUAAAAAAAAAAUUGUUUAUCUUUUUAAGUUGUUUCGAAGCGAAGAAUGGCCAUAAAAGUUGUAUUAUGUAAAAUUUUAUAUAAAAUGAAAUACACACUUCUGAGUUGACAUUCUCAGCAAUGUUCCCUCUAAGGUUUGCUGGUUCAUGUGCAAAAUCAUACAGUUGUGUGCAAAGUUUUACAGCAUCAUUUUUUUGUGUGCAAAAUUUUACAGCCAACAAACACAAAUACACACUUAUGUGGAAAUUUGCUACGCGGAUACUCAAAACUGCUGCGAGGUGUCUGUGAGAUGCCGCACAGCUUAAAGGGAACAUUGAUCCUCAGUAUUUAUUGCAUGUUGUCAUCUCUUUAAAAAAAAUUAUGGUAAAAGUUAUGUUAUGCUCUUUUUCUCUGAAAGAGCUAACCAAACUUCAUGUUUGGAUGAAUUGUCUCUUGGGGAUGAAAGGUAGUGACAUCCUCUGUCCUAAUGAGUGAUUAGUGAUACCUUAGUUUUAGUAUUAUGUGGUUUCGAAAUAAUGUGUAGUCCUGGUCUUCUAUAUCAUGGCUGCCCUGAAAUGAAACCUAAAUUCAUUUUAAAAUCUAGAUGUGUAAAUGACCUUGAGGUGUGCUUUUCUGUUUUAGAUGGAGGUAUGGGAUUAUCAGAUUCAUACUACAAACCAGGUAUGUUGUUGACACUUAAGAUGCACAAGUCAGAGGCAAAAGAAAGUUUUGUUAAAUACAUUGAAGUUUGGUUAGCUGAAUUGUUAGCAAUGUUAUUUGUUUUUGUGAAAGUUUGUUUUAAAAAGUUGUCCGUAAUUUCAGUUAAUUUGUUUAAUGAUUUUUAAAAUGAACCGUGUGUUAUUUCUUUACCUUGAUAUCAAAUUGGAACUUGAAAGUUUAUUGGUUUAUUAUUUUACACAAGACCUCAUGUAGCUGGCGACUGCAGCUUGUCAAGUGAUUAGCAUUAUUUCUACUGUGUACAAUUGUAUUUAAAAAUUAUAUGGUUAACCCGUCUUUAAAAAUAUCCCACCGUAAUUUAUGCAUUUUUAAAAAAUGUAAUAUAAUUUCAUUUAGAAAUCAUUUUUAUGUUGUUACAACUCAUUAUCAUUUAAUAGGCCAUCAAUUAAUGAGAGGAAAGGUAAAUGUUAAAAUCUAUUCCUUUUCAGAUCUUGGUAUGGGUGGUGGUAGUGGUUUAAUGGGAUUGGGAGGCUCAGGAUUAGGUCUACUUGGUUCAGGCAUGGGUGGACCUGAUAUGGGUCUAGGCGGAAUGGGAGGGCUUGGUCUAGGUGGGCUUGGAGGAAUGGGCAUGGGUCUUGGAUCAGGAUCGGGGGGUAUGGGUGGUGGCUCAGGUGGUCUUGGGUCCCUCUCUGAUAUGGGUCUAGGGGGUAUGGGAGGAUCCUCCAAAAUGAACAUGUCAGACAAUUAUUCCAACAAUUAUUCUGGAAUGGGCGGUUCCAGUUAUAAUGGCAAUAACACUCUCUCUGGGUUAGGGGGUUUAGGGCCAAGUUUGAGUUCACUGUCUGCAGGCUUGGGUGGACUGGGUGGCUCAAGUGAUAGGCUAGGUUUGGGGGGUAGUGGAGAUCGACUGGGCAUGGACGGACUUGGAAUGGGUAGAGACAGAAUGGGGAUGAGCGACCGGAUGGGAAUGUUAAAUGAUAGAAUGGGGGGGAUGAAUGAUAGAAUGGGGGGAAUGGACAGAAUGCCUGACAAAAUGAGGGAUGGCUACGGUGGUGGUCGAGACAUGAGAGAUGAUGGUGGUCGCAGAACAACACGUCCAGAUAACUGCACCAUUGUUGUAAAAAAUGUAAGUUUAUGAAAUGAACAAUUUUUCUGUUGCUUUUAAAUUAAUGGGCAUAUAUGUCUGCUUGAUUUAUUACAUUUUUAAAAGAUAUCCAAAAAUAAACAUAGGGUAUUAGCUUAAGGUUUAAGUUACAAUGAAGAAAAGUAGUUUUAAUGAGACAGAGGAAAACUUUAAAAAUUUUAUGCACCAUAAAAAUUUAAACAAUUCUAAAAAUAUGACAUCUUCAACCAAACUUGAAUUAUUUUAUCUAUGACAGCUUCCAUACAGUGUGAACUGGCAAGCCCUCAAAGAGCACUUCCGUGAUGCAGGUAAGCUAUGUGAUAUAUUUCAAAAUUGACUAAAACAUUUUUGAAAUGUUGUCACAUUUGUGUUGAACAUUUUAAAAUGUUAAUGAAGUAAAGUAAGUCGUCAUUUUAUUUCCUAUAGGUGAUGUGAAGUUUGCAGAAAUUGUAAUGGACAAGGGAAGAUCUACAGGAAUUGGUUACGUCCGUUUCAGUAAUGAAGCAGAUGCCCAGAGAGCUAUCAGUAUCCUUUAAAAUCUUUCUUUUGCUCAUUCUGCAUUAUUUUGAAAUUUAAUAGCCUUUCACUGUGUGGAGCAUAUAUGUAUACAUACAUAUAUAGACUCCAAUAUAUACACCAAUAUCUCCUUUUUUAUUUGUGGCAGAAAAUGUGUUAGUUGUUUGAUUUGCAAAGUGAUCCCUGUGCUCUCAGCUGCCAUUCUGGAAAAGCGUGGAGAUUUAGAGCAGAUUAAAAUAAUUAAACAAAUAAAAUUGGGUCCCCGCUAAGACGGUAAUAAUAUAAAUUCCUGCCAGUACUUCAUACUGAAUUGUCGGAGAAGUACUGCGUUCACAGAAUGUAAAUAUUGGCUCUUCCUUUACAUUUAUUACUGUGAGUGUUUACAAUGGUGCUGAUUAUUGCACUUUGAAUUGCCAUUCAUUCCUGUAAUCAAGCAUGGCGAAUAACUAACUCAAAUAUGCUUAUAAAUGUGUAAAAAAUAUAUAUAUAUAUAUUUUAACAAAUUAACUUAAAUUAUUUACAACUAGAUAUAGCCCGUCAAACAUUGGUGACAGCAAUGCGCGAACUUCCCAUGUAGUCAAGUUACUUGACAAACAUGAACUCAAGUAACGCACAUUUAAGAAUCCCAAUAUUUGCUACACCCCCUUCCCCCAUGAUACGUCACUGCACACUUUUUAUUUCACACCCAUGAACUAUAUUAAUAUUCUCAUGCCCCAACCACUAUUAAACCCAAUAUUUUUUAUACAAUUUUUAAAUUGAGACGAUUUCAUUUCCGAAAAGAAAAUAUUACGCACCAAAGGCAAUUGCGUUACUAAAAAUAUAUAUAUCAUAUAUAGCGUAGUUAUCUGGAAUUAUAUUUUGCGCGCUAGUGAACUCAUUAUUGAACCACACUCUAGCGUAUCUAUAAAUAGCCUGCGUCUUGUUUGACCUUUGCUUGCGAAUUAUAUAUAUAGAUGAUUCAUUGAAUUUUUUUUAUAACUAAAAGUUAUUUGCUUCUCAAAAUCUGACUUUCGAUUAUAAGCAAAGGUAAUCAAACGAAGCAUAGUAGUAGUGACAGGUCUAAUGACUCUGUAGUACCCAGAAUGGGAAUGUCUAGAUCACAUUGUAUAUUAAAGUUGUGGAAGGUGUUUUUUUUUUAAAUUUUAAUCGUUGUUUGACCAAACCCUGUUUUACAAAUUUUUCCUCAAGCUGCUUGGUAAUAAAGUAAUAUAUGGGAUGCUCUCCUAAGGUAAACUGUUUCACUUUAUUUUUAUUUUUCAUGGUUAUAUUUAUUUAGUACUUGACUCACAAAAAGGUUUGAAAAACAAAUCAAGGAUGGAAAGACGAAAUAUUGAUGUUGCCCUUCACCGAAACUGAUAUGUUGAUCAGUGAGUAACAAACAGGAGGUAGAGAAGUAUGAAUUCACCAGUUUGCUGAAAAAUUGCUUUAUUUGAUGAUAAUGUGGCAGUUACCGGAAAUGAUCCAUUGAUUCCAGUUAUUUUUGUGUUUCUAUGGGUUGUCUUGUCAUCCGAUUGUGAAAAUGUCAGUCUCGUUGUUUUGAUGAAUCCAUGAUCAGUUUCAUUGACAGUUUUGAUGGUUGGAUUUUUUAUAUUGGGAAAACCUCUUGCUUAUCGUGCUAUGUGGAGGGGAGAUACAUGUAUACUUUGUAAAUCAAAUUGCAAUUCUGUCAAAAUGAUCCAAGAUCUGUUAUGUUGUCAUUAGGAUUGUGACAGAGGGGAAAUUUGAUUCCAUGUUUAUGGCAGAUGGAAUUUGAACUUCUACCAUUUCUACUUGUUGAUAAACACUGACAUUAGACAUGUAGUUACUAACUGUUAUUAAAUGUAUCAAGUUAAUAUUCAGUGAGUUUGAAAGUUGUCAACGAUUUUAUGAGGUGGGACCACUGUUUUGCUGUAAAUAUGGGAAUGUAUGCUCUAUGUAGUUUUAAAACAAUGAUUAAUUAUGUUUAUAUAGAUAUUUGUAUCAGUCUCAAUGGCUUUGUCCAAAAUUAAGUUUUAGAAUCAGUUUUAAUGGACUAAAAAUGAUCUCUUUGUGCUAUGUCUUCCUUAUUUUAUCCAUCUAUAUGUGCUGUUUGAAAGCUCUUGACAAGUCUCUCUUUUUCAGCUCAUUCAACUUUAGCUAUUAGAAUGAUCAGAUACUUUUUUUUAAUGGCUGUAAAACUGUUUUUUUUGGUUGGUUUUUUAAAAAUUAAAAAUAUAUUUUUUUUUAAUAGAGCCAUUACUUAAAAGGAGGGUUGUUUUAAUUCUGGCUGUUCUUGGCAUAUGUUAAGUCUUUGUAUGUAACCCAAUCAAUAAAGUGUUGUUAUUUUAUGGAAUUAAGAUUUUCGGUGUUAUCAUAUAUUUUGCUUACUUUGUUCAAAUUCUUUGUUGUUGGAGGAUCUGUCGUAAUCUUAUUCAUGGUUAACAUGAGCAAAUGUUUGCUUGGAGGAUCUAGUAAACUUAGAUGGAGUAAAAGAUAGAUGGAUUCUUUGCUAACCUGAUUGCAGUUUCUCCCUUUAAUUACCAUGAAAGAUGGAGGGAUAACACGUUAUCAAACAGAUAUAAUGAAUCUGGUACCUGUAUUUUGAAUGGGAUUGAAAUUUGAACCUUCAGUGACAUUAAAUUUAUCUAAAAAGGAAAUGGUUGGUACCUGUAUAUCUGGGGAUUGUACCUGGUUAUAUUAUUUUUUGCUUUUCCUAGGUAAUUAAGGAAACGAAAGUUAACACAUGUUGAAGUGCAGUUGUAAAAUAGUUGCUGCAACGACAUAUUUGUUUUCUCCUUGAACCAAUUUUUUCUUCUGGGUUUUAUUAAUUAAAUUCAGAACAAAGGAAUCUCAAAAAUAUUUUUAUUAAUAUUGGUCAUUGUUCUUACUACAAAAACACAUUUAAGUUUAUAAAUAGUUCACAUAUUCAAAAUUAAGGAGUAUGAGUAAGUAAGAAGGCAAUGGAAUUCAUUCAACUGAAAUUAUAUGCUCCGGCUUAUUCAAUUUUCAAUGACACUUGUUAAAACUUUUAAUAUACAUUCAAUAGGCUUAAAAUAGGUCAAAGUUAAUGGUUACUAUUUUUAUUCUUCUGAUUGGACCAAAUAUGGCAACUUAUACCAUUCCCUAUCAUGAAGUUUGCUUGGUAUGAAGGCUUAAAAGUCAGUCAUGUUUCUGACAAUUCCAUUGCUUUAGGCAUUUUAACACAAUUUGAGCUGAUUUGUCCUGUGGUGGUCAAAGGCCAAAUAUUUAACCAAUUUUUUUUAUUUUUACAAAGGCUUUUGUUAAUAUGCUUGAAAAUAUAUGGUAUGUUUGCCACUAUAAUGGUUGAUUACUAUUUGAAGUACUUUGCAUUCGAGACUCGUAUAUUUGUGACAUAGCAAUCAUAGAAAUGCUCAUAUUGAAUACACAUCUCCAAGCUAUCUGAGGCUAAAAAUAAUGGUAGUAGGUUUCUAACUUACUGAUGAUUCAGCUUUGUUCUGGAUAGUUCAUUUGUGAUGUUUGAUUUUGAUAAAAACAACUUUUGACUUGAAUUAUUCUACUUGUUUGGAUCAAGGUAAGCUGUCUCUGAAAAAUAAAUUGAUUUUUUCUUGUUAUUGCUUGACAUAAUGCUCUUUCUGUCUAAAAAUGGAUUGUCCUAAAAUAGUCUUCUGAUUAUUUUAUUUUGUGAAUGAUGUAUAGUCUGGGCAGUCAGUUUGCUACAAAAUGACAAUGAAGAAAUUAGCUGUGACCUAUCCUGUGUGUGGAGGUUUUACUGUCAAUCUAAACCAAUCUUCAUGUCCCUGUGAGUACAAGUCCAGGUCCGUCAUUGUCCUAGCAAGGAUUGAGUUCCUUGUCUCUAGUUGAGUUGGCUGCUGUUGUUAAAGGUUUGGUAACAGGAGGACUUUGGGUGUAAGUAUGGGUUUGCUUUCCAAUUUUGAUUCAUCUGUUGAAGUAUUUUUAAAAAAAUAGCUUUGGUUCAGUAGUAUCAAUGAGAAGUUUGAGAACUAGGGCAAUUUAAAACCACUUCUGUCACUUGGUUUUGUGUUGUAUGGAUUUGAUGGUUUCUAGUGUUUCAAUAGUUUCAUGUUCAUGGGGUUCAGCUUAACUUGUAUUCAGGGAUUUUGCACUGGGGCAUAGAAAUUUAAAGAUAUUUGUUGAUAUUUUUUUUCUGACCCAUAAUUUGUAGCCUCGUACAGCAUGAAAGACAUUUAGAGCUUCUUUAACUGUUUGAAUUCUCAUGAAUUUAUUAAAAAAUAGCAAUACUCAGCUGUUUAAUUUUUACUUAUGUUGUUCGAUUUAAUAGCAUAAUUAUUACGGAGUACUGUAACAAAUUUAGCAUUGUUGCAUAAUGUUUUUAAAUAAUAUUGACAAGCCAUGCCUACAUUUUUCAGGUGACAAUCAGUAAUUGCUGUCCAUGAUUUGGACCAGGAGACCAAGGAUUCUCUUAAUUAAGUUAAUCUUCGUGGUAAGUUUUGGUCACAUAUUUUUUAAUUAAGUGCUGACUACAUGAAUAAAUGUUAAGUUACUUUAAAAAAAAUUGUAAUUAUUAACAGGAAAUACAUUUGGUAGCACAUCUAACUUGAGUUAAUUCAGAUAGUUAAAAACUCUACACAAUUCUACAGCUUCAUAUUUACAAAGGAAUAUAGAUUUUUUUUUUAAAUUUAACAAUUACAUUGCUGAAUUAUCAUGAUGUUUGUUUUUAAAGGGAUUAAAUAAUGAUGGUUAAGAGGGAAAAAUAAAUAUGUUCUUUUUUAAGCUGAUACAUAUUUUAAAAAUGUAAUUUUUAAAUUAUUUUUUUAAUACCUUCUAUGAGUAGUUGAGGUAAUAGUGUGCAAUAUUUUUUUUCUUCUUUUGUUAAAUUGGUAAUAAAAUUGUUUCGACUUAGUUAUUAGUUCAAAGUUAGUAUUUAUAGUUAUUAGUUAAGAACCUGUCCAUUCAUUAACAAAAUUUGUGUCACAAUUAAAUGAUUUCUUGUUGCUGCUUAAAAAAUACUUUUGAUCCAAACAUCAUCAUCAUGUCCCUUAGUCCUUGGAACGUUAGGGAGCCACAGAUGACAUGAAAACUAUCCUCCUCCAUUCCUCUCUGUUUUCUGCACUUCGCACAGCAUCGCCUAGUUUUAGUCCUGUCCACUCUUUGAUGUUAUCUUCCCAUCUUUUUCUCUGUCUUCCUCUUCUUCUCUCUCCUCUCAUUGUGGAUUUUGAUCCAAACAGCCUUCUUUAAAAAAGAAUAUACUUCACUUCAUUUUUUCUAAUCUUGAACAAUGAAACAUCUUUGUAAGGACUGUUUUGUUCUUUUAAUUAUCAGGUUAAUGAAAGCACAUUGGAGCAUGUAGACCAUGUGGAAAGGUUAUCAGUUCUCCACUGAUACAUGAAUUGCCUAUUGGCAGGAGAUCCCUAUUGCUCAAUACCCGAAACUGGAAACGGGUAAUAACAACAAAUUAUACUGUUAAAUAAAUAAAUAAUUACAAUAGAAUAUGUUAAACAAAUAUUUUCGUCAUUGUUUAAAAUCUGAUGACUUCAUGCUUAGAAUAAUGAAUGCUGUUUACAACAUCCCUCAACCAGCAGUAGAGGGUUUGUAUUGAUUUAGAAUUGGUGCAGUAAAAAUGAUGGACCAAAACCAAAACAAGGCUUAACCCAGGGGAUAUACAAAGGGUAGCUGCUAUGAAAUCAUAGCUUGUUGCUAUGGUGCACAAAGGAUAAGAUACAAAGAGUUAAUGUCUCAGAUAUUGAAAAUGUUUAUCAGUUUGUUACAAUAUGUUUUAUUUUAUUUUUCAGAACACAAGACCAGUGGUUGCUGUUGAAAAUAAAUGAUUUGAAUGAAAG